AUGGAACAAGCGAUUUCUAAAACAAAUUUUCAAUUAGUUCGUUUUCGAGAUAAUAUUGUACAGAUUCAAACUGCCGUCAUUAACGGCAGUGAAUGUUUGUGUUUAGAAGAUAUUCAACGACGUUUUCCUUCGGUAUCAGCAUUGGGUAUCGACGAUAUUCAGUUGACUUUUCUACGUGAUGAAGGUGGUCACUAUCAAGUUCCAUUACGUAUUCAAGCAAUCAAAAAUACGGUUGUCGACGCUUUCGAACCAGUCGAAAGACAGACAUGUGGCACAGUUCACACUUUAUUCGAUCACAUCGAUGCAAAAAUACACGAAAUGGACAAGAAGACUGAUCUUAUUCUUGCGAAUACACAAGAAACGCUCACUCGAAUCAAACAUGUCAUGACAUUAAUGUACGAAUUACAUGAAUACACAACUCCUCGAUACUUUUUUAUCUUACCAGUCAGUCAUCGUAAAUGGACAUCGAUUACUGGCGUACAGAAUCUAUUUCUUCUACACUACAAACUCUUCUUUCUAUGCGAAUGUUCGAACGAUCCCGAUCAUUUGCACAUCGCUCCACAUGAUGGCUACUCGAUCAAAAAGCCGAGUGAAUUCAUCGCGAAUUACGGAUCUUAUCUUCGAACAACACUACGUAUUGCCCGAGGUUUACUUUCAGCCGGUGGUUUCGUUCUUCCUUAUUCAGACAACGCAUCCCUAAUGUUAGCAAACGCCCUUCCACCAUUUGUUCAAGAGCCGACGAACUAUACUGAAGUAAAUAGCAAACUAGAUGUCGUCGAAAAGAUGCUCAAUGAAACGAACAAUCAAGUAACACGUGUUGAUCCAUCGAUUGUACGGCAAGCAGUUCUACCGGAAAUCCCAUUACAAGGUGCACAAUUACGAGAACUCGAAGCCUUCCUAGAUUUUGUCGAUGACAAGCAUAGCCUAGGAAAUCUUUACCGAACUAUCACAGAUGACGGUCAUGUUCGAUGGGUUUGCUUAGAACAUUACAAUACAACUGGUUUUAACAAUAAAAUGUUGGAUUAUAUUCGUCAAUUGGAAUCUAUUGGUGGAAAAUAUGAUUCGCAAAGACGAGAAGCUCUUCUCACCGGUGCUUUAACAUCGAAAAAUGUAAUUAUGAUUUGUAAUGCACUGAAAAGUGGUUUUACGAUGUUAACUCUGGUACUCGAAUGCUGUUCGAUUGAUAUAAAAGAUCUCGACAAACUAUUCGACGUUAUUAUCAAUCGUUCAUCUGUUUACCGAUUGAUUAUUUCUAAUCUUGAAGUUCGGCAAUGGAUGAGCACAACAAAGUUUAUAUGUAAUCAUAUUAUGAUCUACUUGAAAAAUCAAUCGUUGAAAGUGCAGUUUUCUCAUAACGAUGAGAGUAUGAAGAUCCUUGUUCGACUGUUCCAACAGAACAAAAUCUGUCGGACAUUUCAUUUUCAUGGAUACGAUUUACCAUUCCAUGAUGAAAUAUUGUUCAAUUUUGUGAAAGUUCAUCGAGAAUUAACGUCAUUAAUCAUUGAUCAUUUGUUGAAUAUCGAUUUUCUUAAUGCAAUUCUGACUUCGAGUGCAAGUCUUCGUCGAUUGAAAUUAAGUUUUUGGUUCAAUUCAUCAUCGACUCUAUUCGGUCUUUGUCAAGCCAUUCAACGAAAUCAAACGUUGACUGAUUUAGAUCUCAUCGAUCACACCUGUGUCGACGAUAAAUCCGGUACGAUUGAACUAUUGAAAACAUUACAAAUUCAUCCAACUAUCAAACAUCUUCGUCUACACAUUUUUGAUGUACAGUCAGCAAAUGAGAAUGAACAAUGUUUGAUCGAUUGUCUAUUGCAUCAUAAAUUCAUUACUCAUCUCCGCAUAUCUCAAUCGAAUUUUUCUCAUGAAUUUACUCAAGCACUUAUUUAUGCGUCAAAUGACCUUCAUUCGCUGACCUAUCUUGACAUAUACGAUAGUCAAUUGAAAGAAGAUCUCGCUGCUCAGUUGCAGUUAUUGUAUACAAAUGAAAGUUUAGGUCAUUUGUUCAUCUUGAACCGACCCUAUUCAUCGAUAGUUGUAACUGAACUUCGACAAGAACUCCAGAAUGAAAUUUUGCACUAUCGAAACUGUCAACUCGAAGAGAAAAUCGCACAAGCAUAUACCCACUCGUCGGUCUGCUUAGAUCAAAUGGAAUUAACAGAUCACGAUAUGGAUAUCGUUAGCAAACAAGCAAUUGCCCAACAACAGUGUCAAUUACUCUCCUUACAGUCGAAUAAAAUCACGGCUAUCGGCUGUUCUAUCAUUGCCAAUGCACUGAUUGACAAUCACACAUUAGAAAUGUUGUACCUCAAUAAUAAUUACAUAUCCGAUGAUGGUGUAAAUACACUUGCACACGUUCUUUCCAAUGAAAAUCAGUCCGUUAGAACACUCAUCCUUCAGAACAAUCGAAUUACCGAUCGAGGUGCACACUCUCUCGCUCAAAUGUUGGCUGUCAAUCGAACCUUAACUUGGUUGUAUCUUGGAGAGAAUCAAAUCAGUGAUGAAGGUAUACGAGUCCUAACGGAAGUGCUCAGUAGUCAGAAUACAACGCUUGAAAUGUUAGUUAUCUCGUCGAAUAAGUUAAUUACAGAUACAAGUGUAGAUCUACUUUGUUCAAUGAUCGAACAAAAUCAAACGCUAACAAAACUAUGGAUUGACAAUUGUAAUCUGUCUGAAACGGGAAAACAAAGAUUUCAGGUAACACAACAGUUGAAACAAAACUUUUAUAUCCGUUUGUAA